AGAGUUUAUAAGGGUUUAGCACAAUUUUGUAGACAGUAGAAAAGAGAUGUUCCGACAGCUUCACCGUGUAGCAGCUUUGCACAAGCUCCUCCAUAAACCAAAACCUCUUGGAUUCAUCACCAUUAACGUUCGAGCUCCGGCCGUCAAUGGCUCCAUUCCUCUUCUUCUUCACCAGCCUUUAUCAUUUAAAGCUUCACGAUUUUAUUGCGGCAAUCAUACUCCUCCGAAUGUCAAUAAUAUUACUCUUCAGAUGAUCAAUUAUGCUUUGAACCUUGCUCGCUCCCAGAAAACUGAUGAGUCGUAUGCAGAAGCUUUGCUGGUACUUGAACAGGGCCUAUCUUCUAAUCAAUCACAAGAUCCCAUCACAGAGAAUUCAAAAGGGAUGCUUUUAAUUGCUAUAUCUAGCCUAUUGAACGAAAGGGGGAAUGUUGAUGAAGCUAAGCAUGCCUUGCUCUUGAUACAAGAUUUAAGUAACUCCUCUUUGGGUGUUAGAGUUGCUGCAAUGGAAGGACUUAUUGGCCUCAAUCUUGAUCUUGGUUUGGAUGAUACCUCAUCAGUGCUCGCGGAUAAAUGUUUGAAACUAUUAGAGGAUGAAGACUUGGAGAUCGGUGAUGAAUAUGGCUACAAAGUGUUUGGUGUGCGAUCUAAAGCCAUCAAAGGCUUGGUUGAGCUUGUCCAAGGAGAUAUGGAAUCAGCCAAGGUCUUCUUUGAAGGAUGUGAAUAUGAGAGCUGCAUCGGCAAUGCAUCAUUGUCUUAUGGAGAAUUUUUGCAUGCCAAGCGAGAUUUUAUUGGAGCGAAGGAAUUAUAUCAAAAGGCGAUUGCUGAAUCAUCAGAAAAGAAGGAUUUGAGUGAUCCCUAUGACUUGGGGGCAUGUAAUAUGUCACCUGAAGAAGUUUUGGUGGCUGCAACAUGUGCUUUGGGGCAGCUCGAGUCCCAUUUGGGGCAUUUUGGUGAUGCAGAAGUAACGCUGACCAGGGCAUUGCAGAAAGCAGAAGAGCGUUUCGGUACACACCAUCCUAAAGUGGGAACUAUCUUAACCUGCAUAGCUGUGAUGUACAGGCAGAAAGCAAUUGCAGAACACUCAAGUUCUCUAUUGAUACAAGAGGGACUUUAUAGGAAGGCUAUAGAUCUGCUAAAGGCUCCUUCUUUAGUCUCAGAUGAUAUGGAAGCUGGUGUGGAGCAUGCUCGAGAAAAUGUAGAUAAAAGGGACAUUGUUGCCCUCGCCAGAGGAGGGUACGGUGAAGUACUUUGUGUCCAGCAAAACAGAAAUAGUGAAGGAGAAAGAAUGAAGAAAUGGGCAGAAGCUGCAUGGAGAAAUCGUCGAAUGUCACUUGCCGAAGCACUCAAUACAUCUGAAUCAUCUUCCAAAGUGCUCGUAGUUGAUACUCGGAUUUGCAGAGCUCUUUAGGACCCGAAUUUUUCCUCUGCAAUAUGGGAUUCACGCACUCUUUGUAGUUGAUACUGUAAUCAGAAAAAAUCGUCUUGCUGCUUGAAAGAUAUAAUUCUAUAGUUUGGGGCCGAGCAUACUCUUAUACUAAUUCCUCGCUGAUUGCAGAUAAAAUGUUGGGAAGUUUUCUUGCUGUAUGUUGUGUAUAUGGCCUGUUUUUACAAACAGAACAAAAUUCAUGUCCAACUUUGAAGACAAUUAGGCAUAUUAUGAACUUGUUUGAAAGCUGAGAAUUUUGAUAGGCAGUAGAAUUCCUGGGAAAUGCUUUAAAGGUGUCUUCUUUGGUUGCAACUUGCAAUAGAGUGAAUAAUGCAUGAAACUGAAAUUUCUGUAGAAACUCUCUUGCUCUUUGCCCAAACAAAGGAAAACAUUUUUGGAUCAGAAGAUCUACAAGGUUGCCAGCACAAGUCGAUCUUGUUGGGAGUCAGAACUUUAGAUGAGGAAGGGUUGAAAAUUUUCAUGUUAGUAUUACGAAAAGAUUUUAGUGAUGGGGGUCGAAAUUUAUCAAGAGUAUAGGAUAGUUGAGAAGUUUUGUUAUGUUGACGGUGAGAUUAAGGAUAAAUAUGACUUAAAAGUUGGGUCUAAUAUUGCAUUUCACCAUAUGCAUUAUUGUGACUCAAUGUAAACAUAUUUUGACACAAUUAUUGAACAAUUUAAACUUAUUGUGACUCAAUGUAAA